AUGGCCAGGGCGAAGGCGGCGGCGGUUGCCCCUAUUCAGGAGCGAAAGAAGGACCGUCGGCGGCGGGCGGCGGCCAGCCCGGGCGCGGAGGCCCGGUCGCGCCGCCGCGCGGUCGGCGCCGCGGCGGCGGCGCGCGGCACCGCUCGGCUGCUGCGGGGCCGGCGCGGCCUGCGGCGCCCGAGCUGCCGUCCGCCAGAUCUGCUGGCGGCCCUGCAGGCGUCGAGCGGGGAGAGUUCGAGCUCAGGCCUCGCAGAUGAGGUCCUGUCGGAUGCCCCAGGGGUCAGCGAAUUGAAAGGCUGA